GCCCGCCUCAUGUGCAGUUUGUGCACCUGCGGGAAUUUGACGUGUUUGUUGUCGCCACUUCUGUCACACGGUGCAAGAUACUCGGAAUUGUUUUACUGAGUUUAAAAAAACCCACAAACUCGCUCUGCUAUGUGGGAAAGCGCUUACACGUCCCUUAUAGCCCACGUAGCGGGAUCUUUGGUGGAUUUGGGAACGUCAAGGGAAUAGACGGCGUCGAAAGAAAGAAGAAAGAGGUGAUGGGAAAUUUGAUACCCGCGAUGACGCUGCUGCUGGUUUACCUUCCAACAGAGAUGCUGUGCAUCCAGGUGAUCGUUCCGGAGUCGGAAAGAAGCACCAUGUUGUUUGCGUCUGUGAUCCUUCGCUGCGACUUCUCCACUUCUGCGAACCCGCAGGAUGUGCUGGUGACCUGGAGAUUCAAAUCCUUCUGUAAAGACCCCAUCCUGGAGUACUACUCCACAAGCUACCAGGCCGCCCUGCAGCUGGGUCAGGACCCGUCCAACGACUGCCCGGACCGCCAGCGCACAGUCCGCACCGUGGUCCAAAAGCGAGGCCUCAAUGAGCCCAUGCUGGGCGUCGAUUACCGGAACCGCAAAAUUACCAUUCAAAACAAGGCUGACUUGGCCAUCACUGAGGUGAUGUGGUGGGAUAACGGCGUGUAUUUCUGCACCAUCGACGCCGCCGGCGACACAUCGGGUGACUCGGAUCGAGAAGUUAAACUCAUCGUGUAUCACUGGCUGACCGUGCUGCUAAUCAUCCUGGGCGCCCUGCUGCUCAUCAUGCUCUUGUGCGUCUGUUGCUGCCAGUGCUGCCCCCACAAGUGCUGCUGCUACGUGCGCUGCCCGUGCUGUCCUCAGACAUGCUGCUGCCCGGAGAAAGCUGUGAUGCAACACAGGAUGCUGCGCGAGGCCAAGAGGGCCGUGGCGCCUUGGAUGCACGGCCAGCCCAUUUACGCUCCCAUCAGCUCCAACAACUCCGUCCACGGCGUCCCCAUGUUGUAUUCAGGCUCGUUCUCGGACCCUGGCAAACGAAACUUUCCCAUGGCGCCCGCGCAUCUGUCCCCCGUGAUGCUUCCGCAGCAGGCCGCCCCCCCACACCGCCUCCAAAACAACACACAAGUGUUGGCUUACCUAGAGAACCAGGUGAGGGGGCUGGACGUGCCCCCGCGAGUGGCUCAACCCCGGCCGCCCCCUGCCGUUGUGGCCUACGCACCCGGGCCCCCCAGCAUGCUGUCUGCCCUCGAUGAGAUGGGCGUAAGGGGCACGGAGAGAAGGGUGAUCACGCUGCCCCCCAUCGUCCAGCACGUGCCCAGCUUCUCCUCCCACAGGGGACCCCGAGGUAGACCGCUGGACAGGGGGCUGCUACGGUUCUCCGGCCAGUCCAGCGGUAGCGCCAACCCCUCUGGAAGGAAUGUACAACAAAGCAGAUACAGAGACCAUUCUCCUCCGAGACGGGGGAUCCCGCACGAGUACAGCGACGACGCCGACCGGGAGGGGAGGCGAGGAAGAGGGAACCCCCGCAGCCGAAGGGAGCACAGUGGCGGCGGCGAGUCCGGGCCUCGGACCCGCAGCCGCGACGACCUGAUGGUGGAGCUGCGGAGCGUGAGCACGCGGAGGGAGAGGAGCUACUCGCCUCCGCGCCGCAAAGCCUCCUGGAGCUCGGACGAAGAGGACAGCGGCAGGUCGGUGGCGGCGAGAGGGAGGGAUUGGCCCGAGAAGCCCCCGAGCUACUCCUCUGUGGAGAGCCAACGCGGACACGCCAAUAACCGCAUCCGACUCUCCGAUAGAAGCUCCCGUAGCAACAACAGCAUAGUCAUCUAAUACAAAAACUGCAAAAGAAGGCUAUCGUUUCCUGCUUGUCAAUCAAGGAUGGACUUGUUUUGAGUUGUUGUGAUUGUAAUAGUGUAAGUCAAUAUUUUUUAAGACAAAGUUAAUCAUUUGUGUGUUCUUGUAUGUUUUUGUGUUCAUCUAAAUAUUACAUUGUAUGUUGUUUUUUUUAGCAACAUAAAUAGACUGACAACCGUCACAAGUGUGCUAAAGUAAAUGGGACAGAAAAACUGGACCUCGGAGGAAACCACUGUACUGUAUAGUUUUGCUGUAAUGUUUUUGUUACGUUGUGAAAUGUUGUUGUUUUGAAUAAAACCUCUCAGCUACAGAA